GAUGGAUGGAUGUCCUUAAAAAAGGAGAAGUUGUACUAAUUAGACUUUUUUGAGUUGUAUUGAUAUGUCAUCCACAUUUACGAAUGUGAGUGGUAAAUUUAGUGUUAAAUAUAUUUUAAAUUUGAUAUUAGUUGAUGAGGAUGACAGAAGAUAUUUUAAAUAAUAGGAGAUUACAGUUUAUAGAAAGAAAUGA